AUGUCGCAUGUGGACGACGUCGGGCGUCCGGCCGGGCUCGACUCGCUGCAGUCGACGCCGCUUACGCCAACGUCUUUCUUUGGAUCAGAACAAGGACAACUUUCUGACAUUGAGUCUUGCGCCACUUCAGUCCCGGAAACUGUUAUGGCAGAGCAGGUUGCCAACGAUGUGGUAAAGGAAGCACAGUCGGUGGGUCGUUCUGCGCCCAUCGACGACUCUGCGUCAACUACCAACACCCCCGCCGUCAACGGCGAACCGCCCUCGGGCACAGCGACUGCGAAAGCGACCCCACAAGAAGCGUCUUCUACCAAACCUACCGUGAAUGGCACAGAUGCACCCUCGGUUGGUAGUGCACACGUGUCUGACACGGCCGAGGGACAUGCGGCAGCUGGCGAGAGCAAGCAGCCUGAUGCAUCCCGGCAAGAAUCUAGACAGCCCCACCUCAAUGGCCUCUCCAGCGAACAUCUGGCAGCCGAGUCGCAAGCUGUGGCAGACGCGAGCGGUGGCUCAGAUACCGACAUUAGCCGUCCGGGAAGCGUCGAUCAGUCAAAACGGGAUGGAGUUCACGUGCGGACCAAUUCAACAGCGAAGAAACAGCCGUUCAAAUCGGUGUCUGUGACGAAGAGCUUUCUAGCUAAGACGGUCCCCUCAACACCUGCUGCGCGACCAGGUGAAAAGGCAGCUCCGACAGCCCCGCCCAAGGCAUCAAUCCUCACCGCGAAGCCCCGCCUCGUAGCUAAAUCCGGUACUGGCAACACCCCGCGUGCGCUAGGACAGACCAACGGUGCAGGUGCAGGCCCAGAUGCGAGCAAAGUCUGGAAUAAGAACCAGCCAGUCCCAAUCCCCCCACCGAAGACGUACACAGACGACGAGCUGAAGCAGCAGUACGGUAUUCACCUUGCAACACGCCUACAGGCAGAUGAAGGGGGCAAAGAGGCCAAGUGGGCAGACAUCGACGACGACGAGGAAGAUUGGACCCCAGAAGCAGUGCAAUGGAUGGACGGAACCAAGUCCUCAGUCGCAGUACCACCAGAGACGCAGCCACCGCCCGCCGAAGAGCCAAAGGCUAUACUGAAGCCAGAGACGCCUGCCGAGACACCUAAGCCCGCUGCAUCACCAGCCCCCGCUACGAACACGCCCAAACUGAGCGUCACCGGUGGUACCAAGACUAUCUUGAAGCCUGGCGCACAUACACAGCCGACUACUGGGAAAUCAAGUCUCGUUCUAAAAGGCCAGCCAGAAAGGCCGACAUUGGUAGCCAAGCCAUCAGCGACAGAGAAGAAGUCACCAUGGGCGCCCCUGCCUCCAGUCGAGAAGGUAUCACCGAUACAGGUCAAUCCCCCCGUACAGCAACCACCUCCGCAGCGCUACUCACAGCGAGACCCCUACGGCUACGAUUCUAUGGCCCCACCUCCCGCGAAGGAAAUCGCCCCUGAUGACUUCAAUCGCAACUGGCGCAACGACAGCGGUGGUCGAGACAAUCGAGACGGUCGGGAACUGUACAAUUCGCAGAGUGGUCGCUAUGAGCCCGUACAUAAUGACAUGCGGCGGAGUUCGGGGCGCGAUGGUGGUGGCUACCGACAGCAGCCGUCUGCAGUGUUACAGAGGCCUUCUCACGAUGGCGGCCCAGCGGAGCCGUCAGCGGCCUUCCAGACAUCAAGAGCAAGUGCGGACGGACAGACUUGGGGCAGGAGGAGGAACUCGUCCAACGUCAGUGGAACGAUGCCCAGGCGCAUGUCAAUGGACCCACGAGGAACAGACAUGCCUACUGGUCCUGUGAACACGGAGCGACGCGAAUCGCACUCGAUCAACGGCUUCGAACCUUCCUCUUCGGACGCUGCAGCUUCCAGACAAUCGCCGUUCCAGCAGAUGAGAUCUCCUAAUGUUGCCCAAGCCCACCCGGCUUCUCCCUAUGGCUCAGUGACUUCACCAGCUGUCCAGGAUGCACCGGCACUUGUUCCAGCACCACCAGCAGAGGACCCCGUCGAAGUACAGAAACGUCUCAUGGCCGAGAAGAUCGAGCGUGCUCGUCUCAAGAAGCAGCAAGAUCGGGAGGCUGAGCAACGUGCAGAGGCAGAGAGGAAAGAACGACUCGCCAAGAAGCUGGCCGCUAUGGGACCGCCUGAGUCGAAGUCUAAGAACAAGGACCAGUCACCUACACGACCAGAGCAGUCCCCACAGAAAGACAAGGCUAUUCCUGCCUCCGUGCAAUCACCGCCAAAGCCACCUGUCCCGACUGCCGAUGGUGAGGUUGCACAAUAUGGUAUGAUGAAGGUCCACCAGCCUCACCCGGUGAAGAAGUCGCCCCUGACGGAGCAUGCUCAAAUCUCUGGAUCUUCACCGUCAUCAUUGGACCAACAACUGGUGCAGCCGUUUGACGCCUUUACCCGUGACAACGAAAAGUCCAAGCUGUCAAGUGAACAAUCUCAGACGAUCGCUCACCAAUCAGACGGCGCUAACCCCUCUGGGCCUAGGCCACAGGCACCUCCAACUUGGUCACAGCCGUCUUCUACAGCACCUCAGCCUAGACCUUGGACUUCGCAAGUUUGGGGUCCGCCAAAAACGCAAGAUCGAGCUCUUGGUAACGGCACCUUUGACGCUGAUUACCGAGGCCAGUCUCGUCCUGGUGCUCAGCAGCAACUUCCUGCCCAGGCACCUGCUUCGACAGUUCCCAUUGGCACAAGCUUAGCCCCUCAGGCCCUAACAUCGCAACCGGGAAGGCAGAUGCCUCCAUCACAACCCAUGUACUCCCAGCGACCUUCGCGUGCACAACAGCAGCAACAGACUGCGGCAGCUAGAGCAGCUAGACCCCCCAAGACCAUCGCUGGUGGUGGUUGGGAUACAUUUGGAGACCUUAUCAAACAGGAUGAUGCCGAACUUGCGGCGAAGAACCAGCAGGAUCGAGAGCGCCAUGGCGACUUCCGCCCGGAGCUUCGAGAGACUUACAAAGAUCAGCGGGGUCAAGCACAAGUAACCCUGCAUGACAAAGUCGCUGCCGAUAUGGUUCUUGCUGAGGCUGUUAAAAAGGACGACACUACGAAGCCUUUGGUUGACGGCCCAUCGCCUCAGCAAGGCUUGAGUCAAGGUCCUCUCCAACAGGCUACUGGCCCUCGUGCAUCUCGCUUUUUCCCUCGCCCGACUGAGAUCUCAACAGAGGCGACGCCGUCUGCAUCAACUUUUGCGUCAAGUAAAGCUGACUCUCCUCCUCCGCCUCCGGAGACAGAGACACACCCUGCCUUCAGCAGCGAAGCCGGCCACCCGUUGGUGAGGCUUCCAAAGCCUUCGCCUGUUGUACGACUCCCUCCGUCCGCAUCAGGUAGCGGACCGACCGCUGCUUCCCCUGUGAACAUGCCCUCGCGUGGUCAGGCCCUAGGUGCUAGACCUCUUGCAAUGAACCCGGAAUGGCAGGCUCGGUUUAACAAACUCCUCGACAAGCCAGGUUCCAACCGUCCAUCAACCCUUCCAGGCACAUCUCCAACGCUGCCUGUCGCUACUCCACAGCAAGGUGCGGUUGCCCCGGCUGCCUUGUCGAAGGCCUCGCUUGACGUUCGGGGAAGUACCGGUCCUGCGACUGUGUCCUUGCCUAGCGCGUUCCAGACGAAGACUUUCGCAGAUGAUCGUGGUAAGGACGUAGUCACCCGCAACGGCGCUGAGGCACUAUUCGAAGAUAGGGAGUUCGGUUCGUUGCCCACAGUCAAAUUGUCCAAGGUCCCCCACCUCGCCGCCAAUCAACCACCCAAGGCUGCGCCCAGGGAUGAGCAGCAUCCAAGGCACAAGAAAUUCGAGAACCCGUUCACGAUUCGCCGACUCGAGGCUUUUGACAUUGAGAAGACUGCACAAAACAAGACGAAGUUCGAUGUCGUUGUGCGCCUUGCCAACAUGCACGAGCCGGUGACCAAGUCGGUACAAAGGAAACACUAUGGUCCUAAACUUACCCGACAGCCUAAGCCUAAAACAACUGGCCCCCCAAGCACCACUUCUACCAACGCUCCAAAGGAUCGCCCACGCAAACCCUCGCAUCAGAGUCAGACAGAUCGUUCUUACAGCAACAACAACACUUCCCGCCCGUCUGCACCCAAGAAUUGGUCCACAAGCAAUAACAACAACGCUUCUCGCUCGUCUCCAGCCCACACAGCUACGACCUGGGCUAAGGUUGCGACAGCCUAA